AUGGACGUGGACGCGGACGUGGACGUGGACGUGGACGUGGACGUGGACGUGGACGUGGACGUGGUCGUGGACGUGGACGUGGACGUGGACGUGGACGUGGUCGUGGACGUGGACGUGGACGUGGACGUGGACGUGGACGUGGACGUGGACGUGGUCGUGGACGUGGACGUGGACGUGGACGUGGACGUGGACAUAGACGUGGUCGUGGACGUGGACGUGGACGUGGUUGUGGACGUGGACGUGGACGUGGACGUGGACGUGGACCUGGACGUGGACGUGGACGUGGACGUGGACGUGGACGUGGACGUACACGUGGACAUGGACAUGGACGUGGACGUGGACGUGGACGUGGACGUGGACGUGGACGUGGACGUGGACGUGGACGUGGACGUGGACGUGGACGUGGACGUGGACGUGGACGUGGACAUGGACGUGGACGUGGAUGCGUGGACGUGGACGACGUGGACGUGGACGUGGACGUGGACGCGUGGACGUGGACGUGGACAUGGACGUGGACGCGUGGACGUGGACGUGGACGUGGACGUGGUCGUGGACGUGGACGUGGACGUGGACGUGGUCGUGGACAUGGACGUGGACGUGGUCGUGGACGUGGACGUGGACGUGGACGUGGACGUGGACGUGGACGUGGACGUGAACGUGAACGUGGACGUGGACGUGGACGUGGACGUGGACGUGGACAUGGACGUGGACGUGGACGUGGUCGUGGACGUGGACGUGGACGUGGACGUGGACGUGGACUUGGACGUGGACGUGGACGUGGACGUGGACUUGGACGUGGUCGUGGACGUGGUCGUGGACGUGGACAUGGUCGUGGACGUGGACGUGGACGUGGACGUGGACGUAAACUUGGACGUGGACGUGGACGUGGACUUGGACGUGGACGUGGUCGUGGUCGUGGACUUGGACGUGGACGUGGACGUGGACGUGGACGUGGACGUGGACGUGGACAUGGUCGUGGACGUGGACGUGGACAUGGACGUGAACGUGGACGUGGACGUGGACGUGGACGUGGACAUGGUCGUGGACGUGGACGUGGAGGUGGACAUGGUCGUGGACGUGGACGAGGACUUGGACGUGGACAUGGACGUGGACUUGGACGUGGACUUGGACGUGGACGUGGACGUGGACCUGGUCGUGGACGUGGACGUGGACCUGGUCGUGGAUGUGGACGUGGACGUGGACGUGGACGUGGUCGUGGACGAAGACGUGGACGUGGACGUGGACGUGGACGUGGACGUGGUCGUGGACAUGGACGUGGUCGUGGACAUGGACGUGGUCGUGGACGAAGACGUGGACCUGGACGUGGUCGUGGACAUGGAUGUGGACGUGGACGUGGACGUGGUCGUGGACGUGGACGUAAACGUGGACGUGGUCGUGGACGUCGACGUGGACGUGGACGUGGACGUGGUCGUGGACGUGGACGUGGACGUGGUCGUGGACGUGGACGUGGACGUGGACGUGGACAUGGUCGUGGACGUGGACGUGGACGUGGACAUGGACGUGGACGUAGACGUGGACGUGGACGUGGACGUGGACGUGGCCGUGGACGUGGUCGUGGACGUGGACGUGGACGUGGACGUGGACGUGGACGUGGACGUGGUCGUGGACAUGGACGUGGACGUGGACGUGGACGUGGACGUGGACUUGGACGUGGACGUGGACGUGGACGUGGACGUGGACAUGGACGUGGACGUGGACGUGGACGUGGACGUGACGUGGACUUGA